UUAAAUAAAAAAAAAAAGAAGAUGCACAACAAGCUCCUCACCGCUUCCACACGACGACUCCUCAUCAAACCCCACCCUCUCCGCCCCCUCUCCACCUCCUCCUCCUCCUCCUCCUCCUCCCCCCUCGUCGGCGACGGCGCCACCACCUUCUCCGGCGACGGUGAUGGCGAUGGCGACGGCGACCUCGGCGGCGCCGUCGAGCGCGCGUACCGCAUCCUCCGCCGCUUCCACUCCGACCCCUCGAAGCUCGCGCUGGCGCUCUCCUCGGCGCGCGUCGACCCCGCGGCGCACCCCGCGCUCGUCGAGCGCGUCCUCUCCCGCUGCGGCGCCUCCGCCCCGCUCCUGGCGCUCCGCUUCUUCUCCUGGUCCUCCUCCCUCGCGCCCCCCUCCCCCGCCGCGCGCCGCCUCCUCCUCCGCGCCCUCGCCCGCUCCCGCCGCUUCGACGCCGCGUGGGCGCUCCUCUCCGACCUCCGCCGCCUCCACCCGGAGCUCCUCUCCCCCGACCUCUUCGUCGCCCUCAUCCGCCGCUUCGCCGCCGCGCGCCUCGUCUCCCGAGCCCUCGACGUGCUCGACCAAAUGCCCCGCUACGGCCUCCCCGCCGACGACCGUGUCUUCGGCGCCCUCCUCGACGCGCUCUGCAAGCACGGCAGCGUCAGGGAGGCCGCCAACCUGUUCGAGGAAAUGCGCGAGCGCUUCCCCCCCGAUCUCCGCCACUUCACCUCGCUCCUCUACGGCUGGUGCAAGCUCGGCAAGCUCGAAGAAGCCAAAUUCGUCCUAAUUCAGAUGAAAAGAUCCGGCUUUGAGCCCGACGUCGUCGUCUACAACACCCUUCUCGGCGGGUUCGCUUCCGCCGGCAAGUUCGAAGACGGGUACGAGCUGCUGAGGGAGAUGCGCCGGAAGGGGUGCGAGCCCAACGCCAUUUCCUACACUACCCUGAUCCAGGGGCUGUGCUCGCGGGAGCGGAUGGACGACGCACUCCGAGUGUUCGUCGAAAUGACCAGGAACAAUUGCAGAGCCGAUUCGGUCACUUACACUACUCUGAUCACUGGAUUCUGUAAAUCCGGGAGAAUUGAUAAGGCUUAUGAAUUCGUCAGUGAGAUGGCCCGGCGAGGGUUCCGGCCGGAUUCGAGGGCUUACUUCCCGAUCUUCGCGGCCCACGAAAAGAAAGAGCAGUUGGAGGAGUGCUUGGAGCUCAUGGAUAGGAUGCGGAAAGAUAGGUCCUUUCCCGAUCUCGGCAUUCACGAAGUGGUGAUUCGGCUCUCGUGCAAGCUCGGUGAGCUGACGCAGGCCAUCGCCAUAUGGAACGAGAUGGAGAAUCGCGGCGUGAGCCCCGAUCUCGACACUUUUCUCAUUAUGAUUCAUGGGUUUGUCGGGCAAAGCGCGCUAGUCGACGCUUGUGGGUAUUUUAAAGAGAUGGUGGGGAGGGGGCUCUUCGUCACCCCCCAAUACGGGGUUUUAAAGGACUUAUUGAAUGCAUUGCUAAGAGACGAGAAGCUCGAAUUGGCAAAGGAAAUGUGGGGAUGCAUUGCGAGUAAAGGGUGCGAGCUUAACGUGAGCACGUGGACCAUAUGGAUCCACGCCUUGUUCUCGAACAAGCACGUUAAGGAGGCGUGCUCGUAUUGCUUGGACAUGCUCGAUUCAGGGCUCAUGCCGCAGGCGGAUACGUUUGCAAAGCUUAUGAAGGGGUUGAAGAAGCUAUACAAUCGGCAAAUCGCGGCCGAGAUCACCGAAAAGGUGCGGAAGAUGGCGGAGGAGAGGCGCGUUUCGUUUAAGAUGUACAAGAGGCGCGGGGUGAGGGACUUGGAAGAGAAGGCAAAUAAGAAGAGGAAGAGGGAGAAGGAGAGAAAAGGUCGGAAAGGCCGGGCUCUUAGUCGAGGCCACUCUCGCAGCCGACAUAGACAAUCGAUCCUCCGCCCCUUCCACCUCCUCUCCCCCUCCCCUGCUCCCAGUCCCUCUCCUCUGCUUGCCCACUCCUCCUUCUCCACCUCCUCGCGGCGGAGGAAGAGGAAGGAAGGAGACGAGGAGGACGACGAUGGCGACAGGGGCGGUGGUGGUUUAGGGCUCUUCGUGCUCGGGCGGGACCCGACGCGGCCGCCGCGGCUCUUCGUGGUGCAGCCGCGGCUCCGCCCCGACGCCCUCCUCGACUCCAAGCUCGCCGAGGCGCUCAACCUCGCCAACUCCCUCGAGGAGCCCCGCGACGGCUUCUACGACAGCGACUUCGCCUCCAAGGACCUGCCCCCGCACCUCGUCGUCCAGAACCCCGCCGCCCGAUCCGCGAGGGCGCACGCAGACACAUAUUUUGGACCAGGGACUGUUGACAAUAUCAAAUGCCAUCUAAAGGCUUUGGAAUCAGAGGAGCAGAAUGGAAUAGAUGCAGUUUUUGUUAAUGCAAUUUUAUCUGGGAUUCAACAGCGCAACUUGGAGGUUGCUUGGGGAAAACCAGUUCUUGAUCGUGUUGGUCUUAUAAUAGAAAUAUUCAAUGCUCAUGCUGAAACAAAAGAAGGAAAGCUACAGUCAGAAUUAGCAGCUCUAAUGUACAAAAGGACUCGGCUUGUGCGUGUGCGUGGUCCAGGUGGACGACUUACUUUUGGACUGAGUGGAGAAGCUGAAGUUGUUAGUGCACGGGGGAGGGGCAGUGGAGGACGAGGUUUUAUAAGUGGUGCAGGAGAAACUGAGCUUCAGCUUCAACGCAGAAGAAUUCAAGAGCGUCGAAAUAGUUUGUUGGAGCAAAUUGAAGAAGUUCGCCGAACUCGAGCUUUGCAACGAUCUGCUCGGAAAAGGCAUGGCAGUUCAUGUGGUCAAGGCCUAGCAACCGUUGCUGUUGUUGGAUAUACAAAUGCAGGAAAAUCUACUUUGGUCAGUGCACUUUCAGAUUGUGAUCUAUACAGUGAUGACCGGUUAUUUGCGACAGUGGAUCCUCGAUUAAGAAGUGUAGUUCUCCCAUCUGGGAGGAAAGCAAUUCUUAGUGAUACUGUUGGUUUUAUCUCAGAUUUGCCUGUGCAGCUAGUUGAAGCAUUUCAUGCGACACUCGAAGAAGUCGUUGAGGCAGACUUGUUAGUGCAUGUGCUAGACGCAAGUGCACCUAAUCUUGAGGAGCAUCGCUCAACUGUGCUACAAGUGUUGCAACAGAUAGGAGUCCCAGAGGAUAAGAUUGAAAACAUGAUUGAAGUUUGGAAUAAAAUUGAUCUUCUUGAAGAGAACAAUGGAGCUAAUGAAUUUGCCGAGGAAGAUGAAUGCCUAGUUGAAGGUGAAGAGGGAGAGGAAGAUGAAGAAACAUUUCCAGAAGUAGACGAUGACAUGGCAACUGAGCUGUCAUCUGGGGAGGUUAUAGAUGGCAAUCGUAACGAUGACAUGGCAUCCAUGCGAUCAUCUGAGGAAGAUGUCGAAGAUCUUGAUGAUAUGGCAUCUGGGCUGUCAGCAACAGAAGAACACAUGGAAAAUUUUGACGAGCAAGUAUCUGAGUCUGAGAGUACAAAACAAUGGGAGGUGAGGACAGAACCAACAAAAUCGGGUUGUCAUGUGAGAACGUCUGCGGUGACGGGGAUUGGAUUGCAAGAACUAUUGAGCUUAAUAGAUGAGAAGCUGAAUGAACAGAAACCUGUCGUGCAAAGAAGCUUCGGACCUUUCGAUAGGAAAUGGAGGCCCUCUUAUGCUGAACAUGAUGAAAAAGUUGCUGAACAGUAGGUUUGGUGAGAUGGUCGACGGAACGGAAAAAUAGCACCAAAAUGAUCCGACGUACAAACUCACAGACGACAAAAUUUACAUGGGAAGCCGUCGGGAUUACUUAUUCCUUUUUCUGCUGGCAGUUUGCUAAACAAGGUUUGAAACAUCUAUGCUUGAAAGUGCUGCUAGAAACCCUAAUACCCAAUCCUUUUUAUAAGAUUAGGUUUGCAAACCAUUGUUUUAAGUGUGCCAUGUGUACCCACCAGCCACCAAGAGGUAGUAAUACUUUUUGAGAAUGUACCCAAUAAUUGUUGUUAACUGUAUAGUUAUUGUCUCCUUUUGCUUCUCAUCACAAAACCAGUGAAGAUCCUAUUCAUGGUUUUGUUCCAAACAUGUAAACAACAUUGUAGUAUCUGAUUUUGACAAUUACUCUCUUAAACUUCUUGAAGUUUAUGAAGAAGUGUACUUUGAAUGUUAAUGAAUUGCCCUUCGAUUUCAA